AUGGAUGGAGUGCGAUGCCUUCUGGUCAGGUCCGCGUCUACUGCUGUUCGACAUGUUCCUCGCCAAGCGAACAAGGCUGCCCAUCGCAUUGCCCGCUUCAGUCUGCGCGAUCAAAGUUUGUCGUUCUGGUUGGAUGUGGGUCCUUUGUGGCUUAUGGAUGCUGUUUAUGAUGAUUGGCACGAGCCUACUGUCGUUUGA